GCUGCGCUGUACUCAGUUCCUACAGCUUCGGCGGGAGGGAGUCCAGGCUGAGUGCAGUCAUGGUGCAUAGCGGUUGCGUGUUGUUCAGAAAGUAUGGAAAUUUCAUUGAUAACCUGAGACUUUUCACCAAGGGAGGAAGUGGUGGAAUGGGCUAUCCUCGUUUAGGUGGAGAAGGUGGAAGAGGUGGUGAUGUCUGGGUUGUAGCCCAUAAAAAAAUGACAUUAAGGCAACUUAAAAACAAAUAUCCCCAGAAAAGAUUUGUGGCUGAAGGAGGAGCAAAUAGUAAGGUUAGUGCACUGAAAGGAUCCAAAGGAAAGGACUAUGAAAUCCCUGUACCUUUGGGUAUUUCAGUAACUGAUGAAAAUGGUAAAAUUAUAGGAGAACUCAAUAAAGAAGGUGAUAGAAUUUUGGUAGCUGAAGGAGGUCUUGGUGGUAAAUUACUUACAAAUUUCUUACCAUUGAAAGGGCAGAAACGAAUAAUUCACCUUGAUCUAAAACUUAUAGCUGACGUAGGCCUAGUAGGAUUCCCAAAUGCUGGAAAAUCCUCUUUGCUAAGUCGAGUUUCUCACGCAAAACCUGCAAUUGCAGAUUAUGCAUUUACAACACUAAAGCCUGAACUUGGAAAGAUUAUGUACAACGAUUUCAAACAGAUAUCAGUAGCCGACCUUCCAGGUUUAAUAGAAGGAGCACAUAUGAACAAAGGAAUGGGCCACAGAUUCCUGAAGCAUAUAGAAAGAACUAGACAGCUUCUUUUUGUGGUUGACAUUUGUGGAUUUCAGCUUUCUUCCAAAACUCAAUACAGAACUGCUUUUGAAACUAUACUACUGCUUACAAAAGAGUUGGAGUUGUACAAAGAAGAACUUCAGACAAAACCUGCCCUCCUGGUAGUUAAUAAAAUGGACUUGCCAGAUGCCCAAGAUAAAUUCCAUGCAUUGAUGAACCAGCUUCAGAAUCCUAAGGAUUUUUUGCAUUUAUUUGGGGAAAGCAUGAUUCCAGAGAAGACUAUGGAGUUCCAACAUAUCAUCCCUAUAUCUGCAGUUACUGGAGAAGGAAUUGAAGAAUUAAAGAAUUGCAUAAGAAAAUCACUGGAUGAGCAUGCCAACCAGGAAAAUGACACAUAUCAUAAGAAACAGUUGCUAAAUUUACAGAUUUCUAGUACAGCAUCUUGCAGCAAGCCACUGUCCGAGCAUACUGUUACUAGAAUGGAUGUAGUUUAAGUCUAUUAAAAACAGUAUUGGUGGAA